AUGACGUCCCACCGACGCAGGCCCUGGUCCCAAGCCGAAGACGCCUACCUCACCCAACUCGUGCAAACCCAAGGACCCCUCAACUGGGUCCGCAUCGCCUCCCUCAUCAGCUCCCGCUCCACCAAACAGUGCCGCGAGCGCUACCACCACAACCUCAAGCCCACCCUGAACCACGAGCCGAUCAGCCCCGAGGAGGGCCUCCUCAUCGAGCGCCUCGUAUCCGAGAUCGGGAAGCGGUGGGCGGAGAUCGCGAGGCGGCUGCAUGGCCGCAGCGAUAACGGCGUCAAGAACUGGUGGAAUGGGAGUAUGAACCGCAGGCGCCGCUCGGUGGUGAGGAGGAGGACGUCGUCGCGCGCGCAGGAGGAUUAUGAGGAGGCGCAGGAGAUGGAGUCGUACUCGCGCCACUCGGGACAUCAUCACCAGCCUCUCACUAUCACUUCGCCUUACUCCUCGGGACGGAGGCACAUCGAUCAGUCUCUUCCUUUUCCAGUGGUAUCUGAAGCCUCACGUGCGUAG